GUGCUCCUGGUUCUCUUUCUCUUCUCCCUUGGAGCCACCAACCUUUCCUCAGCUUGGCCAGCCAGCCAGCUUCCCUAGUUCCCUGUAACCCUAGCCGCCCGCCCGGCUCGUAAACCCUAGCGACCAGCAAGGGAUGCAGCCCACGACGCGGGAAAUGCAGGCCAUGGCCGCCGCCGGCCAGAUCUCCCUCGACGACCUCCGCGCGGCCGGCGGCGUGCACGACGACUUCCUCGACCAGAUGCUGGGAGGCCUGCCGCCGUCGGCCUGGCCGGAACUGGCAUCCGCGGCGGGAGCCAAGGCGCCGGAGGGCGGAGCGGAGGCGGAGGGGAUGCACCAGCAGCACCACCAGCAGCAGCAGCAACAGUUCGGUGGGGGGUUGUACGACGAGUCCGCGCUGCUGGCGUCGCGGCUCCGGCAGCACCAGAUCAGCGGCGGCGGCGGCGCGGAGUCCGCGGCGGCGGCGAAGCAGAUGGUGCUGCAGCAGCUGGCUGAUCUGAGGCACGGCCACCACAUGCUGCUCCAGGGCAUGGGCCGCUCGACGGGCGGCGGCGGCGGGGACGGCGGCGUGCUCCUCCCGCUCUCCCUCGGCAGCGGCGGAUCGGGAGGCGAUGUGCAGGCGCUACUCAAAGCCGCCGCCAAUUCCGCCGGAGGAGAGGCCAGCGGCGUCUUCGGCGGCGCCUUCGCCGGAUCGCUCCAGCAGCAGCAGCAACAUUUCCAGCCGCAUCCACAGUCCCAGCAGCAAACAGCGCCGUUGCCGGGCCAGGGCUUCGGUGGAGGCGGCGGGGGCGCGUCGCAGCCUCAGGCCGGGGCUUCUGGCGGGGGCGCGGCGGCGCCACCCAGGCAGCGCGUGCGGGCGCGGCGCGGCCAGGCCACCGACCCCCACAGCAUCGCGGAGCGGCUCCGGAGGGAGAGGAUCGCGGAGAGGAUGAAGGCCCUGCAGGAGCUGGUGCCCAACGCCAACAAGACGGACAAGGCGUCGAUGCUGGACGAGAUCAUCGACUACGUCAAGUUCCUGCAGCUCCAAGUCAAGGUGCUGAGCAUGAGCCGGCUAGGUGGCGCCGCUGCCGUCGCGCCGCUCGUGGCCGACAUGUCCUCGGAGGGUCAAGGCGGCGCGCCGCCGGCCGCGGCGGGGAGCGACGGCCUGGCGGUGACGGAGCAGCAGGUGGCCAAGCUGAUGGAGGAGGACAUGGGCACCGCCAUGCAGUACCUGCAGGGGAAGGGCCUGUGCCUGAUGCCCGUCUCCCUCGCCUCCGCCAUAUCCUCCGCGACGUGCCACAUGCGCCCGCCAGUAGGGGGGCUCGGGGUCGCCGCCGCCGCGCACCACAUGGCCGCCAUGCGCUUGCCGCCCGGCAUGAACGGCGGCGCCGACGCGGCUGCCGUGCCGGCCUCCCCGAGCAUGUCCGUGCUCACGGCGCAGUCGGCCAUGGCCAACGGCGCCGGCGGGGCCGACGGCGAGGGCUCGCACUCGCAGCAGCCCAAGGACGCCGCGUCCGUGUCCAAGCCAUGAUCCCGGCCGGCCUCGAGAAGACAACAGCCGCCGUUUCACUAACGGCGAAACCCUGACACUCCUGACCUGACGGCGUCGGCCUCCAGUUACGGACUUCCCCAUCCGCGGGUCUCGCUCGGCUUGGACUCCUGGGAACCGCGGGCUCCCUGACGGGCCCAUCCGCGCCCCUGCGGGCCCACGGGCUCUCGGCACUGCAGCCGCGCAGCGCAGCAGCCCUCAGAGUCACCUUUUUAUUUUUCUUUUCUUUUUCCUCCUUAGCCUCACCAUUAUUUUCUUUUCUGUUUAAUAUUAAUUCCUGUAUUCUGCUGUUUUUUUCCAGUAAAUAUUAAUUAAUUAAUCCA